CCUGCACUCCCUAACUCAUCGAUUGCCGAUUUCAAACCAUGGCUGUUAUACCUCCUUUGACCAAAUACGUCAACCUUGGCCCUCUUUCGACUGCGAUAUUGUUCCCAGCCUCGUGCACAAACACAUUGUAUGAUCUAAAGCAUACAUACUUUGGCCUAGAUGAGUUUGUCCCUACCGCAGGAUGUGCGCUGAAAGAAUGCUGCCCUAGUAGCAAAUAUUAUACCGAGGACUGGGCCUGGUACACAAGUUACUUCUCCCCUGGGGUCCAGUAUCGCCAAUACUUCUUAGCACCAUACCCGGGGAGACAGUGGUCUUUUGCUGCCCUAGAGGCACGGUACGGAUGUCCAAUGCAAUCGCCAUUCUAUGGCGCAUGCGGGAGUCCGCUGGCUACGCCCACAACCACUUUGCUGGUUCUAGACGAUCUCGAUCAUCAAUCCAGCAUCUCAUGGAGAUCAUACUACUCAACGAAAACUGAUUUCCAAAAUUGGGCUGUCGCAUAUCCAAUUCAGGUUCGCAUGGGAGGCUCACCCACCGCGACGUUAAGUACAACGGUUCAGGGUGCUAAGGAUUCAUAUUCCUCUUCAGUAACCACGAAAGGUAGCACCGGCUCAAUAUCUGAACCAACUUCAGUCAACCCACCGUCCAUGAAGCCAUCAAACGGGUUGUCUACAGGAGCCAUAGUUGGCAUCGCGUUCGGUGGCUUCUUCAGCGUAGCACUGGUGAUUUUCGUCUUCCUUUGGCUACUUCGUCAGCACCGCAAUGCACCAGCCCAGCCUCCACUCCCGGAAGCAGCAGUAACAUAUAAGGCAAACACUCAAGAUGGAGGCAUGGCGCUGACACACCAACUACCCGAGAUCCAUGAAAUGUUCUCAGAACUCCCUCCAAACUCCGAAUUUCGAUGA